AUGAAGUCGCAAUCCCGCAACUCCAAUUCCUUCAAAAAGCGACUUGAUGACAUCGACCUGCCCAAGGCGGAGCUGACCGCCGAGUACCUUAGCAAGGCUAGGGAGGCUGCAAGUCCCAAGAGCACUUUGCUGCUCGCAGCCUCCGAAAAGGGGCGCUACCUCGUGGUGGAGUCCCUGCUGCAGCACAAGGCCGACCCCUUGGUUGCGGACGACAAGGGCAACAUCCCACUCCACAAAGCAGCGCAAAGCGGGAGCCUUCUCUCGGCCUUGCUGCUUCUGGACCGCAUUCAGUCCAAUGACCGCUCGGCUAACAUCGCGAGCAUGGUGAAUGGUGACGGGGAGACACCCGAGAUUCUGGCAGCAGAGGUCGGCGCAGCAGACGUCUGCCGUGCCUUCGAGGUCUUUCAGACCAUGCAGAGAGAUGCGGCGUCUUGGCAGCUCGGUUCGGCAUCCCCAUUGUCGGAUCACCAAGGACACGGAAUAGCCACCGGUGACAUGCUCUCUUUGAUUGACCUGGCUGUUGAAGUGCCGUCUGCCGCAGCGGCCACUGCUGGAGCGCUUCUCCGGCGGUCCAGUGUGGGCACGCCUCUGGUUCCGAACAUCUUCCAGCGAGUGCCUGAAGAGCAGGCAGAGCUUUCGGAGAUGGUGAGCAGGGUCUGCAAGGGAAUCGAGACUGCCGAGUCCCAGCUGCUGCACCCCCGAGCGGCCUGGGAUUCUACGGAUCCGGGACUGGACCCGGGCCUUCGAAGUUUCGUGGCGACAGCAAGCUUGCGGAGCCAGUGGCAGAAGAUCCGCCAGGAGGCUUUGGCUGCUGUGCCAGCAAUGGCAGCCGAGUUACAACGUGGAUCCAUCAAGCCCACGACUGGCAUAGAUCCAGACUGGGUUGCACAAUUCCCGCUUUCAACGAAAGGCAGGUCCAUCGUUAAUCAGCAGGGAGAGCGCUUCCGACUGCGAAGCAUCAACUGGUAUGGUGCGAGUGACCAAAAUCAUGUCGUUGGAGGACUGAACGUGCAGAGCCUGGAAACCAUUUGUGGAACGGUGCAGUCCUUGGGCUUCACCGCCGUUCGCCUGCCUUUCUCCAACGAGAUGUUGAGAAGCAGCGUCACCAGCGGUUGCAUCGACUUCGGCAAGAAUCCAAAGCUCAAAGGGCUCACUGCUCUUGAGGUUCUGGACGAAGUGGUGCAUUGCUUGGCUCGACACCGGGUGGUCUCCAUCCUGAACAACCACACCACGCACGGUGAGUGGUGCGGCGGCCCGGACCGCAACGGUCUGUGGUUCGACCCGGCCAGCAGCUUCUACACAGAGGCACAAUGGCUCGAAGACUGGGCCAUGCUGGCGAGCAGAUAUCGAGACUGUGGCUAUGUUGUGGGCUUCGACUUGCGGAACGAGGUCCGUUUCUGCCCUUGGCCGUUCCGAUACCCCAUCUGGUUGGGUGGCGGAUCCAGGAUUCUCCGGAAACUCCUCGGCUGCUUGGGCUUCUGCGACUGGGCCGAUGCAGCGCGGCGCUGCGCGCAACGGCUACUGGAGACCAGCCCAGACAAGCUGUUGGUUGUGGAGCGCCGGAUUUGGCCAAUGAGGGGGCUGCGGGGCUACGACACGUGUCUCUUGCCGGAGCUCCGGAAUCGAUUGGUUCUUGGAGUACACCACUACAGCUGGAACGGUCCUGGCCGGUACCUACCUUUCGCACAUCUGAGGAGGACGGGUUGGCAGCUCUUUUCAAGGAGUUUGCUGAGAUUCCUCCGGAUCUUCUCACAUCAGAACUACGGCGAGAUGUCAACAGGAGAGCUGUCCGAUGUCCUCUUCGAGCAGUGGGGUUGGCUCCUCGACGGGGACAUCUGCCCCGUGUGGAUCAGCGAGUUCGGCACCGGUCCUGCUCCCGGAUUCGAUCUGGACUGGUUCCAGCGCUUCGUGGAGAUUCUGGGCCGGAUGGAGGCGGACUACGCUUACUGGCCCUUGAAUGUAGGCCCAAAGCCGGGCUGCGGUGGAGACGAGCCCUAUGGAAUGAUAUCUCCGGACUGGACUCCGAAGCUCGAAGGUGACAUCCGGCUCAAUCUGUUACGACUCCAUGGGCUUCUCCCGGCCGCCGGAAGUGAAGAUAAAAAGAGAUGGGAUUUCUGGCAGACACACCUCACCGCGGAGGCAAUGGCCAACACCAUGCGCCAAGCCACCACCGACACCUUCCAGUUGCUUCUUACAGCUUUGUGGCUCUAUACCCGCGAGGCCUGGCUUCGGCAUCUCCUCGAUGCUCUGGCUGCCGCUGUGUAUGGCAUCCAUGGCACACACGCCAGUGAGGGCGAUCGCGGUGCCACGGGCGAGGCGCCUGUGGCACUGCCCACCGAGUUUGCUCCAGUGGCGCCCUUUGUCGAGGCUUUGUCGCCGUGCAUGCAGCUCGUGCAAGCUGCCCUCCUCUGGUUUGAGGAGGCCAACAUCCGACAUACGGCUGUGACGUACCGCCCCCUGCAGCUUCCCAUGCUCGGCUUGCAGAAGCUGGUCGACCGGUACGUCGCGGCACGGAAAGCGGAAUCAGUCCAGGAAAGCGGCCGACUGGACAGUGGUUACUGGCUAUCCUUGGGCGGUGGAUCCUUCUUCAGUUCGCUGUCUUCACGUAGCAUGGCUAUUUCCAGGCUGGCGAAGACUCGCUGCAAUGUGUUGGUGAUCAUAAGGCCGGAUGAGACCUUUCCGAGCUAUCCGAAACACAUGUCCCUGCGUGGAAGCAACGUGGAUGACUCCAUCUUUUCCCUGGAAACCCUCUUCCGGAUCGGGCGUAUCACUCGCACCGUCAGCUCUGAGCUGGAUGUUGACGGCUCCGCCCACUUUACAGGACCGCGGUCGCGAUGGCCAGUGAUCAUCAUCGAGGUCUACUCUGUGAGUUGCUUCACAGAGGCGCCACACGUCACUCCUAAAAGAGUCACUCGAAUUGAUGUCAGUGAUUCUGGUGCUGGAAAGCCAGUAGCAUGUAUGAUUUAA